AUGGGAAAACCUUUGCGGAUUGCCAUAUCAUUAAAUACAUUGCAUAACAAUCCUGAUCGUGCCACUACUCGAGCUGCUGCAGUACGUAUUAAUGAUGAGUAUGAUGAAUUCUAUCACGCUCAUGCCUAUAUUGCUCGCAGAACAUUAGCACGUGUACCUUUACUAGUGGGAAACAAUGCGUACCGAGUUGUUCUUCAACAGGAAAAGGGAUACAGCGAGUUAGUGAGGAAGCCUUCACAACCUAGCGAAAAUUCUCGUGUAGAGUGUCCAGGAUUUCGAAAAGUGCACGAUCUGGAGCCGCUCAGAGCUACUCCACGUCAUAACAUAGAAGUCUGUACCGAUGAAGCUUAUCUGAAACGACAUGAGAAAUAUGAAAAACAAGAAAAGCUGGUCAAGCGCCGGGACCGCAUACGACAACGUGAGGAACAAUACCGACUCCGUCUCAUGAAAGUGGAAAAAUCGGAUGCUUCACCCGAGCCAAAAAUAGAAUCAAUAGAAGUGGUGGAGAAAAAACCUCGCCUUCGAAAACAUUGA